GACGAAGCUCCGAAGCCGCAGGCCACGCUCAUCCCGGAUCCCUUGGACGAGGUGCUGAAGCGUCUGAAGCAUUACUUCUCUGACGUUACUGACCUCAUCAUCUCCAAUAUCGAGGACUAUCGCAUGGACUACCGCUUCGUUGGCCUCCGAUGUAGCAGCCUCGGGGCGUUCGGUUUCGUGCAGCUCCAGCACCACUCGAACCCGGCCACUUAUGAGCUGCGAGCUUUGCGAGAUGAUCCGCCCAAGUCAGUGGACCUGAAGGCCAUCAAGUCUGUAAACAGCUCACGUAUCCCUUGGGCAGUCAGGGUGGAUCACAGCACGACGAUUUCCGAGCGAGAGGCCUUGUUCCUGCAGGAGCAUCUGAGUGCCUACAAGAACGGCAGCGACUUCUUUUUGGCCCACGCCAUUUAUCGAUCGGUGCCUUCGCACACGGUUCGAAAGCGGUACAAGGCGGUUGUGGCUUCCUUGAGCAGACGCUUUCCGCAGCAGUUCCAAACGGCCAGUGUGAGCACUAGCACUCCCAGUUGA